AUGAUCCAUGUUUGGAAAGUUUCUGGGGAAGAGGUGGCAGCCAUUGCCAUGGACGAUUUGAGGGAUUGGAGUGGAACAGUCUACGUGCGCAGGCUGAAGGAACAUUUACAGCGCCUUUCUGGUAUCCCUCGCUUUAGGCAAGAGUUGGUUAUGCAGAACGGCGUGAGGCUGGAAGAUGGGGCAAGGCUGCAUUGGCCCCUCGACCUGCAGCUAGUCCAGCUGCCGUACGCAGAUCCUUCGGAAGUAACAAUGAGAUACUUGACCCACGCUGCUGCAAUGGGGAGGGUCGAGGAUGUUGAGAGCUUGUUGCAGCAGCGGGUAAAUCCAGACCUGGUCCCAAUUUGGACUUGCACCCCGCUUGUUCAAGCAUGUUACUAUGGGCACACAAACGUUGUACGCUUGCUUCUAGAAGCUCGCGCCAACACACAGAAAACGGCUGUGCAGAACUGCUGGCUGGCCAAUGAGCAGGGCGUCGUUCACCGUCUGGGGCCUCAGCCGGGCAUGCUCUUUGGGACACCUAUGCAUGUGGCUCUUUCUAUGUGCCAUUUUGAAAUAGUGGACGAGUUGACGGACGAGCUCUGCUUGCAAAGAUCUGCAACACUUGGGGAGACACAGGUUCCAUAA